AUGACUGGGAAGCGCAAGCAACCGCGCAGGCAGGGGCGGAAUCUCGACGACAACAGCUUCACCGGGCUGGAUCUCAAGGGCCUUCGAGAAAGGCACCGGAUCAGGGCUGAGGACAGCGAUAGAAGACUGGCCAGGUUGAGCCGCAGUGGUGGAGCAUCCGACGAGGAAGGAGCAGCAGUCGAGGACGGAGCAGCUGCCGAAGAACUGGAAGGCGCAGCGGAAGAGCUAGCAGCGGCAGCAGAAGAGGAGCUGGCAGCGGCAGCAGAUGAAGAACUAGCUGGGGCAGCAGACGAGCUGGCGGCAGGGGCCGACGAGGAGCUUGCGGCAGCGGCAGAUGAAGAGCUGGCGGCGGCAGCAGACGAAGAGCUAGCAGGGGCAGCAGAAGAGCUGGCGGCAGGGGCCGACGAAGAGCUGGCAGCAGCGGCAGAAGAGGAGCUAGCAGCAGCAGAUGAAGAGCUAGCAGCGGCAGCGGAGGACGACGAGCUGGCGGCGGCAACGGAAGAAGACGAGCUAGCGGCGGCGACGGAGGAAGACGAGCUGGAGGCAGCAUGGGAAGACGAAGAGCUGGAGGCGGCAACGGAAGACGACGAACUGGCAGCAGCAACUGAAGACGAAGAGCUAGCGACAGAGGCAACCGAGGAGGAUGAGCUGGCAGCUGCAACAGAAGACGAGGAGCUGGAAGCAGCGACGGAAGACGAAGAGCUGGAGGCAGCGACGGAUGACGAAGAGCUGGAGGCAGCAGUGGUCGAUGUGCUAGAACCAGCAGCAGUGGUAGAAGCGGAGCUCGAGGUGCCGGUAGCAGAGGUCGACAAAGACGACGUCAAGCUGCUGGAAGAGCUGCUGGUGCUUAGCGUACUAGAAGCGGAGCUGGAUCCAGUCGAGGAGGAAGUUCCGGCAGUGGUGCUUGAGCUGGUCGAGUUUGAAGAGGCAGUUGAGCCAGUGGAGGUGGUGCUUCCGCUGCUCGUGGGCGAGGUAGUCGUAGUCGACAAACUGCUGGAGCUGCUGGAGCUGCCAGAGGAUGAAGACGACGACGUCGGGCUAGUAGUGGCCGUGCUGCUUGUGGUGGUCGAGUGGCUCGAGGUGUCAGUGCUGGAACUGCCGGUGCUGCUAGAACUACUAGAGGACGAAGAGGAAGUCGACGUCGGGCUAGUAGUGGUCCCGGUGCUGCUGGAGCUGCUUGACGACGUGGUCGUGGUCGUACCACUGCUAGGAGAAGACGUCGAAGUCGUGGAGGUCGACGUGGGGCUAGUAGUAGUGGUAGUGGUCGUCGAGUGGCUCGAGGUGUCCGUCGAAGACGAAGACGACGAUGAAGACGACGAUGAAGACGACGAUGAAGACGAGGACGAAGAAGACGAGGAGGAAGAGGAGGAGGAGGAGGAGGAGGAGGAGGAGGAGGAGGAAGACGAAGUGGUGGUAGUGGUAGUGGUGGUCAGGCUGGUAGAAGAGGAAGAAGAGCUCGAAGACGAAGAAGUGGUUGAGGUGGUAGUGGUGGUUGUGGUACCGGCGCUGAGCAUGAAGAUGAUUUGGUUUCUAGUAGUCGUAGUACCACCACAGUUCUCCGUGGCAGCACCGCCACAAGCCGUGGCGCAAAGGCUGUCGGAGACUGCAGCGUUGCCGAUGGUGGUACCGCAGCGACAAGUAGUACCACCGAAGAGUGCAAAUUUCGUGGCACCCGAGACGGCCUUACAAUGGCUAUCACAGAGCUCCUGCGUCAUGGACGCAUCAACAAGUUCGUUGGUGUUGGCGAAUGUAUCCGCAGGAUAA